CUGUGAUUCAUGCAAGAGUGCCUGCUACCUUACAGAGAUGAAUACAGGAAGAUCCAAAAAUAUCCCAACACAAGACAGGAAAACUCAACACAACAACCAACUCUUGAGGAGCGCUGAGAAGACAUACUGUAUGCGCAAUCCUACGCGCACUUCAUUGCCCACUGCGCAUUAAACGCAGACACGUCGCUUCCUAUGAGAGAUAACAGGUCUUGUUUUUCUUCCGCAUGACGUCAGAGGAAGGUGGGUCUACUUCUGGUUACAGGGCAGGUAAGCGCAUGACAGGGAGGCGGAGCCACUGCUGGGCACAGGACAGGUAAACGCGCACAGGUGGGGGAGCGCGGCAUUAAGUUUCUCAGUAGCGCGUAACAAUACGCGCACGAGCCCCCGGGAAUUGUGUUUUUGUACGACGAUGACAGGAAACAAGGUCAGCGAAUACCCUUUGGAAUAGGCAACGUCCAAUUGAGCGUUUUGUCAAAUCUCGAUUGUUUGGAGACACUUUUGUCGUGGAAAUGAUCAGUUCGGAUGCUUUGCGCCCGAUACAGAACCCUGUGCGUAAAGGGAAACUCGCCGCAAGGCUUGAGGACGUAAAGACCACUUGGAGACACGGAACGACCCUCGAGCUGAGCCACAAUGAAACGGCACGGCUCGCCACGGACGCGCUCCUGGAACACGGGGAGAAGGAGUAUCGCAAAGUCCUACAGGAGGAACGGGAGGUCAACUUUCUUUCCCCGCUCGAAAUACGCUAUAUCACGGAAAAUGUAGCCAAGACUGCAGACGCCGAUAGCGGAACCAACGGUCUGGACGUGGAGGACACCGUGUCCGAGCUGACAUCAGGGACCUAUUUUCCUAUGAUGUCCGAUGAGGAACCUCCAAUGUUGGAGCUGGGCUGGCCAGAGACGUCGAACCGUAUCGGUCCCACGGAGGCGCAGAUAUUCUUUCAGAGGGAUAAGAGCCAAAAUGUCAAAGAUUUGAUCCGAUCCCUCAUCAGUAAAGCGAAGAAGGUUAUUGCUGUAGUCAUGGAUAUUUUUACAGACGUGGAUUUGUUCUGUGAUUUAAUGGAAGCUUCCAACAAGCGCCGAGUUCCCGUUUAUAUUCUGCUGGAUGAGAAGAACCUCUGUCAUUUUUUGAACAUGUGCUCAGAACUGGACAUCCAGAAUUCGCACCUCUCUAAUAUGAGGAUAAGAAGCGUAUGCGGGGACACGUAUUGCACCAAAAGUGGAAAGAAGUUCAGCGGUCAGGUUCAGGAGAAAUUCAUGAUCGUUGACUGUGAAGAAGUUCUGGCUGGAUCAUAUAGUUUUACGUGGCUUUCCGCUCAGGUGCACAGCAACGUGGUCAUGCAUUUCUCCGGUCACAUCACCGACUGCUUCGACCGGGAAUUCCGCUGCAUGUACGCCGAUUCCCAAAUCAUAGACCGUUUCUACAAUCCAGACGAUGAGGGGCUUCCUACUUACUCCUUCAACAUGAUGGCCCCACGUAUGGGCCUGGACUUCCUUCCGGACUUCAGCAGCAAGGAGCGAGUCUACUCCGAAAACUCCAGUAGCCAAUCCAGUAGCAGCGUUUCCAGUAUCAAAGCCGCUCCUCCGGGUACAAAGUCUUACAAAGUCACGCAAGACAAGAAGAACCAUGAAAGCUCCCAAAAGACUCACGACAGGAAAGGUGGUCAUCACGUUCCUCACGGAAACCAUCUCGGAAAAAGUUCCCCCAACGGUACCCAGCAACCGCACGCGGUGGAACGUCGCCCCUCUUUAGGGCUAUCUGCCGGAGCGGAAUGGUCCAAAGGUGGAACGACAGAUUACAUGCGAUCAAACAUCGCGGGACAGACAUCCAAAUUGCAGGCUUUAGGUCUCUACGGCGCCCCACAACCUCCAUCUCAGCCGUCUUCGACCGAGAGCAAAGUCUCUCCUAAACAUCGAGGUGCCCCGUUUCUCAGUAAGUUUACUGAUUUAUUUACACCCUCGGCCAAGGAGAAAGACCCCAUCGUCUACCAGAAGCCACCCCCUUAUACCUCUCCCUUCGGAGGCCCGGAUCUUUCUCAGAAUGAACCGGAGAGCAAGCAAGUUCCCCCUCCACCAGGACCAUUGCCGAUGGGCACAGAUAAAGGGAUAUAUCGACGGGAUGAGAAACGCAUGACGUUAGGUCACAGCAAACUGGACAUGCUCAACCAAUACAACAAGAUGAAAUCCAAACAGGUAUACAGCCGGUUCGAGCUUAAGAGCAACUUACCUCAAUAACACUGCGGCACGUUAAGUGCAGGUCACGCUUUCUGUACAUAAUGACAGUUUUUAUAAAUUGAGGACUUUGUGUACACUAAAAUGCAAAGUGAAAGAUAAAAUGAGUGUUUUUGUACGCAUAUCGUGUUUUUACUAAUAACAAUAUAUAGUACAAGUAUAAAUGCUGCCUUGUUGAAUUCGGGGAAAUCAUUGCUGUUAUGUCGUAAAGCAAUUGUUUUCGUGUAAUUCAAGGCCAGCAUUGGUAUAAAGUACUAUUGGUAGUGUUUUUGUGCUGUAUAUAUACUGUAUAUACAAAACGUUGGGAAUUUUUUUGUACUUUUGAUGUCUAUUCGCCACGUUAGCCGGCAAAGUUGUCUGCCAGUAAGUAUUACCCUUGAAUAGCAUCAUUUAGGGGUUUACAGAUGUGUAGUCUUCCAAACGUUUUCAUGUUUUUGUACUAGAAUGUGGUAGAGAAUAUGCAUUUAAUUUAUACACACUGAAAAUGCUGGGUGUUUUCAAUAAUAAGCGCUUGGGUUAAAUAACCCAGAAAGUCUUUAUAUUCCCAUACGGCAAAAAUAUAUAUUUUCAAAAAAAUUACGGAGCCCCUAAGGGAACAUGGAGCAAAAAUGUAAUAAAGUUUAGUUUUACUGAAACUAUCGCGUGCGCACGUGAAACUAUCGCGUGCGCACGUGAAACUUUUGCUUUCACAUGCGCGCCCGAAACUAAACGUAAAAAAAAUUUAUGAGCACAUGAAACUAAACUUUAGAUUUUUCUACUCAAAUUUCACCUUAAGGAAUAUAUUUUUUAAAAUAUGUUUACAAAAUGUAUUUUUCACUAUUUUUUUUUUUAAAUAUAUUUAAAAAAUAAAUAUAUUUUAUUGCAUUUAUUUUUUCGUAACAUUGGAAGAAAACUGUAAACAUAACAGAUUUGAAAAGGUUAAAAUAACAUAUUUUUUAAAUGUAAAGAUAUAUAUAUAAUUUUAUACAUAUGUAUACAUUUUAUACUUAUAAUUUGGCCAGGAAAAUAUAUAUAUAUAUAUUUUGCCUUAUGGUUUGAAAAUUUAGAAAUGUUUUUGUUGCCCCUGAAAUACAUUUUAAAAUAUAUUCUCAUAUAUGAAGGUUAAAACGUAAUAUAUUUUUAAAUUCAAAAAUAUAUUCAAUAAAGCUUUACUUUCUACAAAAUGUAUUUCUUGCCGUAUGUGUUUGACCCAACAAUGGGUUAAAACAACCCAGCAUAGGUUAAAUUACAACCCAAAGGGCUGUGUUUUGACCCAACGCUGGUUUGAAAGUAACCCAGCAUUUUUAUUUACAGUGUACUGAAAUGCAUUCUGGGUAAUGCUGCGGUUAGCAGCUUGAUUAGCCUAUAUAAGUACUGUAUUACUGUCAUAAGGGCGUAGACUUUGUUGCAAUGCAAGCUAACUGCUUAAAUAAACAUUUUUAGUCAAUGAAGUAUAAGCUUGUCACAUUUUCACAGAUUUAUAAAAGCUUUUAUACAUUUUGUGAAUAUGUGAAUAGAAGUGUUUGUGAUAGCACAGCUAGUGCCUCUGAAUGCUAACUAGCAUUUGAUUGAUUUGUUAGCAUUUAAACGCACGCUUGACGUGUUCUUGUCACGGUGUCAACUUAAAUUUGACAUCAAACCAGUUAGAUAAGUUCUCUAGCACAUUCUCAAUCUGUUUGCUUUGUGUUUGAGAAAGGGAAUACUGUGAAUACUUGAGCUUAAAAUGAUGACGGAUAAAAUACAGAUGGUGAUGUUUAUCUCAUCCCGAAUCUGUUUCUAUUACUAAAUGUUGACUCGAUAUGAGUAGAAAUGGAAAACAGAAGAUAUACAGUACAUGUAUAGCGAAAAGUACACUGUAAAAAUGUACACAACUUGAAUUAAUAAGUCAUUUCAACUUUUUUGACUAGUUAGAAGAAGUCAACGUUGAAAUGACUUUACAGUGUAAUGUUUCAAGAUCAUGUUUUUUAUAAUAUAAUAUGAAUGAGUGUGAUUAUAGAUAAUUGAAAAACUCAUAAUUGUUAUGCAAACGACACACCUGUUGAAAACCUGCUCAAAAAGGUCUUGAACUUGCCCACAGCUAUUUAACAUUAUUGGUUCAUUACCAGUAAGUUAGUCAGUGCCUAGUUUUCUUUUCAAAAAUGCAUUUUUUUUUAAGUAAUAAAUGUGUAAAAAAUCAAAAUGUUAUAAUCUGUUCUAAUAUCAUGAGUUUGGGGGUGUUUUACAUGUGUAUUUAAUGUUUAAACAUACUUUAUACAUCUGUAAUGUGUGACAACUUUUCCAGCAGUGUUACAAACUGGUGACAACCAUAAAUCAAUAAAGUUUUUUUCUAAAACA